GCCGCUCGCAGCGGAGCGAGCGCGUGAUGCAUUAUCAGUCGGUCGCUGCGAUCAGGUGCUUGAGGACGGAGAACGCUCUCCGCCGAAGACACACACACACACACCGGUCAAGCGACGACGUGAAUACUACGCGCGCGGUCAUCUCAUUAGUGACGACUCAUUAGUCGUUCAAGUGUCCGUCGCGCCGCACGCGCGCACCCAACCACGUUUCUGUGAUAAAUCGAAAGUACAUCAAUUGUCAUCACGUUGCUUUUAAACACACAGUGAACGCGGACAUUUUUUAAGUGUAGUGUAAAUAUUGUGAAUAAACCACAAGAGCCAUAAAGUCAUAAACACACAAAAUCAAUUUUAUUGAAGAAAAAGUGCAAAAAAAUUAUUCACCAUUCUGCCGGCACAGCAAAUAGGUGCCACGGUGGCACCAUGGCCCACGGCCCUCUCGUCCGUGGACGACAUGGCCCACAAAGGUCAUAGCGGUGUGAACCAGCUAGGCGGUGUUUUCGUCAGCGGGCGUCCCUUGCCGGAUUCCACACGGCAGAAGAUUGUCGAGCUGGCGCAUUCUGGUGCUAGACCAUGCGAUAUCUCUCGUAUUCUUCAGGUCUCGAACGGAUGUGUCUCAAAAAUUUUAGGAAGAUAUUACGAGACAGGGUCGAUUCGCCCGAGGGCAAUUGGCGGGUCGAAACCACGCGUCGCCACCGCCGAAGUAGUCUCAAAGAUUUCGGGGUACAAACGCGAGUGUCCUUCGAUUUUCGCAUGGGAAAUCCGCGACCGAUUGCUGCAGGAAGGCGUCUGCACCAAUGAUAACAUACCAAGUGUUUCAUCAAUUAAUCGAGUCCUUCGCAAUCUGGCAGCGCAGAAAGAACAAACACAAGCGCCGCAGGUGUCGUCAGGGAACAACGGUGACACAGUCUACGAUAAACUGCGAUUACUCAAUGGUAGUCAGAGUAGUUGGAGACCCUCGCCAUGGUACUCAGCAGGAGGGAAUAGUCCAUUUCCAUUGCAACCAUUGAGUCCACCGCCGACAAUUCUCCCCGAUGAUCUGCACGCGAAGAAAGUAACAGAUUUGGACGGUUUGAAUUCAGAUGAGACCAACUCCGGUGACAAUUCGAAUGCGGGCAGUUCCGCUGGUCCUGACGACGAUCAGGCCCGUUUGCGUUUGAAGCGAAAACUGCAAAGAAACCGGACGUCAUUCACCAACGAUCAGAUUGAUAGUUUAGAAAAGGAGUUUGAAAGGACGCACUACCCGGAUGUCUUUGCCCGGGAGCGGCUGGCGGCCAAGAUUGGCUUGCCUGAAGCACGGAUCCAAGUGUGGUUUUCGAACCGCCGCGCGAAAUGGCGGCGUGAGGAGAAGCUGCGUAAUCAACGUCGUGGUGCGCCAGCUCCUGCUGAACAUCCUGGACCAGCUGCGUCACCACCACGUCUGCAGAGCUUCAAUCAGACUUCUAUGUAUUCGCCUAUUCCGCCGCCGAUGUCAAUUGCUGAUUCAUACAGUGCACCGAUGUCAUCAAUGGGUUCAUUUGGUCAUAGUGGUUUGAACACCGGCAUGGGCCCAUCCCCUGGCGCGUGCCUCCAACAAAGAGAUAGUCCCAGCAUGGGCGGCGCAAUGGGUGGCUAUUGCAUGGGCAGACCCAGCUACGACCUCGGCAUCGGCUACGGUUCGAGACCCUCACCUUGCAGCCCUGCCCAACCGUAUCAAAUGAACGGGCAUCAGUACAACACCAACGGAUCAUCUUCCACAGGAUUGAUAUCGCCGGGAGUUUCCGUACCUAUAGCCGUGCCAGGCCAGCCGGACAUGUCCGCUCAGUACUGGCCCCGAUUGCAGUGACCUUGGUGGCCAUAAGCAGAUUUUUAUAAGGACACAAAACCACAUUAUCGUACGGAGAAUUUUCAAAAUGAUGUAAAACUUGAAUGUGCAUUAUUAAUAUUAUUGAAAGCAGAUAAUCCAAGAUGGAUGCCAUUGUUAGAUAUGAUCAAUUUGAAAACUUGGCGUUUUGUUUAGUUCUGAGACCAAAAUCCGUAUUUUUUUGUUAGUAUUUAAAUGAGAAGAUGAAUAAUUUUAGUAGCAAUAUUAAAUUAUUACGUAAUAUUUAUAAAAAGAAAAUGAUCAGUGUAUUUGUGACUGACGUUUGAGUUGAUUCAAUCCAAAGAAUACGAUUUUGUAACAUAAUCCUCGACUUGAUCCUCAUUAAAUGAAUGUGUGUUAAUUUUAUCAGAUAGUACCUACACGCUUUGAAUAAGCAAAAUGAAGCACACUGUAAAUAAAAAUCUUUGUCGAUUACAUUUGCGCUGCGUUCAGCACAUUCGAGGAGCAGUUUGGCGAUAUGAUAUGUAUAGAUAUGAGAAAAUGAUUGUAGAUAUAAACACAUAUCUUAUUAUUAAAAGUAUGAGCAGUAUGUCUCCCAUGUUUGACCACGUUUCCAUUGUUUCGAAAUUGGCACCAAGAUGACAUUUUAACGGCCGCAUUUAUUUAUUUUUGUUCACUAAUGUUUGUGUGAUGUGGAUUCAGAUUGUUUCAAUUGAUUUUAAUGUGUAUAGAUGAAGACAUUGCAGAAUUCUGCAACAGAGCAAUGAUAAUUUUCUAUGUCCAAUUUAUUGUCAUUCAUUAUAACGCAAUCGAAUCAUUUGUAUCGAUGUAAAAUUAUUUCAAUCAAAUACAAAUACAAAUUACUACAUUA